UUGGAGACCCUCGAUUACUUUUUUGUGGCACCUCCCUCGGCUUGCCAGGAUUGGGUAGCCAGCGCUGGAUUCGACUUUCCGGCAGCUAUUUCCAAGCAGCGACUUACUAACGGCGACAGGCAGCGGGCAGUGGCGGAGCAACCAAGAGUUACCUACGGCGGCCAGGCAGUAAUCGAAGGCGUCAUGAUUCGCGGACGCGAAUACUACAGCCUUGCGGUACGGCGUCCUGACGGUCAUAUUUUUCACUACAACGAGCGGCUGAAUACCGCCUUCACGGGCCCGGUAAGGCGCAUUCCAUUGCUACGGGGCGUCCUGGUCCUGCUUGAGACCCUGCUGCUGGGGAUAAAGACCCUGAACCGCUCGGCCGCGCUGGCUUCGGUUGAGGGGCCGAACGGCGGCAAGGAAGAAAUCCCCGGUUGGCUGCUGGCCCUCACCCUCAUUGUGUCCCUCACCCUGGGCGUGGGCAUCUUCUUCAUCCUGCCCUUGCUGGUGGUCCGGAUCAUCGACCCUUUCAUCGCUUCUGAUGUGGUCAGCAACCUCAUCGAGGGAGCUAUUCGCCUGGUCAUCCUGGUGGCGUAUAUCUCCGGGAUCGGGAUGAUGAAGGACAUCCGGCGGGUGUUCGCCUACCACGGCGCCGAGCACAUGGCGGUGCAUACCUACGAAGCGGGUCUUGACCUGACCGUGGAAAACGUGCGCAAAUUCAAUACCCCCCAUCCCCGUUGCGGAACCGCGUUCCUGCUGACCGUGGUGCUGGUUUCCAUAGUGGUUUUCGCUUUCCUGGGGCGUCCCGACCUGGAAUGGCGGAUAUUGUCACGUAUCAUGCUGAUUCCGGUGGUAGCGGCCAUCAGCUACGAGUUUAUUCGCUUCUCGGGCGUUCACCCUACCUGGACUAUUUCCAAGUUUAUAGCAGGGCCCGGGCUGUGGCUGCAGAGGUUGACCACCCGUCAGCCGGAGGACGACCAGAUUGAGGUUGCCAUCACGGCCAUGGGGUCGGCAGUGGCCGCCGAUGCGGGUUUGCAGUACGAUUCCCCCUUUGAGGACUAUGGCGUUCCGCCCGCGAGUGGGGAAGGGGACACCGGCGCUGACGCAGUUUCUCCGGAAGGGGAAGGGGACGACGUUGCGGACGGGCCGGACGACGGUGGGGACGGUGAAACGGCGGGGGUCUGA